UAGUUAUUCUCCAUUUACAGGGCAAUUCAGAUGAUCAUCAGACGAAGCUUUAGCGAAAAAAAAUGAAAGACACAUUUCACACUACUUUUAAAUGCUUCAUAAUGAGAUCGUUUGAUUUUUUAACCACAGUAACUUCAUAAAUCAGCAACGUCACAAGUAUUGACACCGCGCCUGUUUAGUAGCUGAUAAAUGGAGAGUAUUCUGGUCUAGGGGUAAGAUUUUUGCCUCUAGAUUCAGCCAUCUGGGUGAUCAGGGCUGAUAAAUGUGAAUCGUAAGCUCAUCUCAGUAAUAAAAAGAAAAAAUUUUUGCAACGGUGUUGUUAUAGAUCAUUUGCCAUUGAAUGCCUACAGGCUACAACACUUAUCCAUUUUCAAAUAUGUUCCGUCAGUUUGGGUUCUACAGCUUCUGUGUUUGAAGUUGAUAGCUUUCGGUCAGGAUUAAACUUUUUCACUGGCGUGUCGGCAAUUUUUUAAAGAUAUCCCGUUCACAUAGACAAUUUACAAUGAAAAACUACACGUAGGUAAUACAGAGCAGAGCUGAGAAUCAACGUGCAAUAUCCACUUGAUAAAACUGAUAAAUUGAAAAAGCGAAGAGAGUCUCUUAAUAAGAAUGCUCAUUUUGGCUGCAUCUUGCACGUUGUUUACAUAGAAACCAGCCCCGCGGGAGCCCCGUGGUCUGAUCAUUAUCGCAUGUUCAUGGCAAACCAGGCAUCAUGAGAGCUGACUGUUGCCAAAAUCCUGAUCAAACGCAGACCAACACGGAUGCCAUCACGAUGUGUACUUUAUGCACAUGACAACAGGCCGGCGUGUGGGCUGAGCUGCGGCCAAAGAUCGGGGCCCGCUCACUAUAUAACCCCACGGCCCGGAGCAGUGGUGCACUCCUCUCACUCGACGCCAUGAAGCUGCUCCUGUUUGUCUGCGUGUGUGCGCUGGUGGCCGCCGAGCCGCAGCCGGGCGUCCCGUCGACGCCGCAGCUGGCCGGCGUGCUGACCAACCUGUACCGCCGCUUCCUGCACACGGUGGCCCCCAAGCAGCUCGAGCUGCAGGAUGCGCUCGACAUCCACUGGCGCGAGGGCAAAAUGGCCGGGCCCCGCUUUGUGUCUCCGGUCAAGGGAACCUUCAAUGGCGUCGAGGAGCCGACUUUCUCCUACGUGAACAACAUGAUCACCCCGGGUCAGAAAGGCUUCUUUGGCCGGUGGACCAAGCACGAGACGUCGGACCUGCUGAUCACCUACCACUACGGCGGCUCCGUCAAGGUUCACAUGCUGACGUCCGGUGGCAUUCACAAGGAGGUUAUCCUUGGCAACCCCAUCUACCACAAGGACCACUCCGCCAAGUUCAACGUCAUGGUGCCCAAGAACACGUACUGCAUCUUCGAGUCCCUCUCGGAGGAAGAGUCAACCUUCAGCUCCUUCGUCGCCGUCCCCGCCUGGGACCCGACUCAUGCUCACUACUACACCGAGAAAGAGAUGGAGGUCAAGUUCCCCGCCUUCACCGAGCUGUUCCACGAGCUCUCCAAGCCCGAGGUGCACCACGAGGAUGGCUAUUUCGAGGAGCACGGUCACUACAAUGAGGAGCACACCGAGCCCGAGCAUCACGGAUACCGCAGGCGCUUCCGCGGUCGUCAGGGCAAGGGCAACUUCUUCUACUAAAGGAUAACUGUUCAAUGAGUGCAACUCUUUUGCUGGUUAAAUUGUGAAUCCUGUUCAAUUUAAACGCUCAUUUUUGUCGGUUGAUAAGUGCGUUGUGAGGUGCUACAAAUACAUGUAAAUCUGCAUGA